AGUCUGAUAUCUAACACCCAAUUUGCACUUCCUCCAUCAGCUGCUUAAAUAUAAAACUCACACACACACACACACACACACACACACUGCAAUGUGACAACUGGAUAAUGUACUGUAGACUUAAAUACCACUGUAAUUUCAAAUCCUACCAGAUCUUUAGGAGAAUAUUUCACACACAGGAUUACUGCAGAGAUUAGAACAGACGGGAGUAUAAAUAUGCAUGACAGUUCCAGAGAUGCUGUUUCCCCGGAAUGCCAGCACACAAAUUUUAACGUAAACGAGCAGGAACCUCAACUAUCAGACCCCUCUGUAGGAUGCAACAUGUCAUGCUGCAGAGUUUCCAAGUUGAUAGCAUUGUGUGCAUCGCUGCUAUGUGUUCUCCUGUUGAUCAUUGUUAUAGUGCAGCUAUCAGUGAAACUCAACAACAUGACCAAAGAAAGAGACCAGCUUCAAGCUAAGAGAGAUGAAAUGCAGAAAAUAUUUGAUGAUACCAUCCAGCAUCAUGUGGGAUAUUUCGUCACAAAGCGCAUGAGCUGGAACAAGGCUAGACAGGAAUGCAGAUUGAGAGGAGCCGACCUUGUGAUCAUCAACAGCCGAGAAGAACAGGAGUCCAUCAGUCAGAUGUUUAUUGGUGAGGCUUGGAUUGGUCUGAGUGACAGUGCUGAAGAGGGGAAGUGGAUGUGGGUGGAUGGUACAGAAGUGACCACAGGGUUUUGGUGGGAAGGAGAACCUAAUGACUUCGAUGGAAAUGAGGACUGCGCUGCAACUGGCAGCAAAUUUGCUAGAGCUAUAAUUUCGACAUGGGCUGAUUAUUCCUGUGAAACUGAAUUGCGUGCGAUUUGUGAAAAGAAGGCAAAUGAUUAGAGCAGAAAUCUGUUUUAACUUGAAAAAAUCUGUAUUUUGUGAAUCUGUUUCAACAAAGCCAUGGCUUUAAGCCAAAUUCAGCUAGUUUUGUAAAAAUGUUGCAGGGGAGUGAUGAUUUUUUUAAAAGGAAAUAAUCUGAAAUCAGUAUAAUUAAAUUCUGCAAACAAAAGGAAAAGAAAGGAAAAGAAAAAAGGGAUAAUGCCCAUACCAGUAAAACAUAAAAUGGUAUAUUGCUGUAAAAAAAAAGAAAAAGAAAAAGGAAAAGCCAGUCUCUCUUUUCACAGGUUAGGCUCAUGUAAAUUGAGACAUUGGCUUUAAUUGGAUAAUCUGCUUAAAAACUUUUUCCCAGGAGCCAAAAAAUUGAGCUUGCUCCUGUUUGGUUGUCUCUAUGUUCAGCAUUGAAUGUCUUUGUCAUGUCCCCCUCCACAGUGGUGGUUAAUAUGAAGCUUAUUUGAAAGUAUACACUCAGCACUUUGAAAUUUAUAGUGUUCAUAAUAGUGUUUCAUAAGUAUUUAUGUUUUUCCUAGCCUACUAGGGGCAAUAUAUUCAUAGAAAACUUGAACAAAAACAGUUUGUGUUUUUCCCCCACGUUUCUGUUU